AUGGAGAUCAGAAAUGAUUUAAGUGCUACUCUACCAAAGCUUCAAACUCUAGCACUGGGCUUCUGCAACUUAAUAGAGUUUCCAAAAUUUUUGACAAAUCAAUCCGAGUUGACUGAGCUAGACCUUUCUGACAACUAUAUUCACGGCCCAAUACCGAAAUGGGUCUGGAAUGCAACUAUUGAAAGUUUGUUGGAACUCCGUCUCUAUGACAACUUUUUGACAGGAUUUGACCAAUAUCCAGGUAUUCUCCCAUGGAAAAAUCUGAUCUUUCUGACUCUUGGGUUGAACAUGUUACAAGGACUUCUGCCAAUUCCACCGCAAUCAAUCAGAUUUUAUGCUGUCGAAAGAACGAAUAUACUGGAGAAAUUUCCCCUAUGUUCUGCAACUUCAAUAAUCUUCAAGUUCUCGAGUUGUCCAACAACAACCUCAGUGGCAUGCUUCCACAAUGUUUGGUUGCAAGGGAAGCUACCAAGAGGGGUGAUGAAUUGUACUCAGUUAAAGGUUCUUAAUUUUGCAAACAAUCCGAUGAGUGACAUCUUCCAAUCUUGGUUUGGGGCACUUCCAGAACUAAGGAUUCACAUUUUGCGGUCUAAUGGAUUUCAUGGCGUAAUUGGGAAGCAUGCAACUAAACAUGAGUUCCCAAAUUUGCGCAUCAUUGACUUAUCUAGCAAUGGUUUCUCAAGUAUGUUGCCCUCUAACUACUUAGAGAUCUGGAAUUCCAUGAAAUAUGUUGAUGAAAACCAGCGAACUUAUUUUGAAGUAUUUACGGAUGUUGUCGGUGGAGAAUACUUUUAUUUUCAUUACACAAUGAAAAUAAGUGGCAAAGGUGUUGAGUUGAAAUAUGACAAGACCCCUUAUCUUGUCACACUCAUAGAUGUGUCAAGUAAUAGAUUUGAAGGAGAGAUUCCAGAAGGUCCCGUUGGGAACCUAAGAGCAUUUCCACCAGUUAGCCCUUUGUCAUGGCAAGGGGAGCCUUAG